UUUGAGUAUCAUUGUUAUAAUGUUGUGAGCUUGGUUGUGACUUUUGAGUGAGGUCAAAAAUUGGUGUGUAUCACUAAACAGUUCCCAGUCCUAAUGUGCAAACGAAGAGGUUAUAGUCAAGAUGGCGGUAAAUGUGAAAUUAGAGAAUUCAGCGCGAACAAUCACUGAAUCAAAUGGUUCAGUUUUACGAGGAGGAAGUUUUGUUACGGAUGUGUUAAAAAAAACAGGCUCCUUGGAAAAAGAAGAUUUGCAAAAAAGUGUCAUCAAACUGUCACAAAAAGUUGACUGUGUGAAGACCCAUAUAUAUUCACUCAUUCUGAAACAAUACACUGAAUUCACUCAAUCAUAUGACCUAACUACAAACAUAAACUCAAGUGUUCAAGACUUAACCACAGAAAUGAAAUGCCUCAGUGAAACGAUUCAGGGUGAUGUGGAGAUGCAACUUCAGAAGGCCAAUAAUUUGUUCACAGACUUAUCAGAGCAAUUAAAUGAAACAAACAUUAUCAUCAAAGUUUUGAGCAAAAUUUGUGAGAUCCACGAUUUGAUGUCGGAGCUUUCUGACUUAAAAAUUCACCAGAAAUAUUCUAAGAUUGGUCAUACUUUAGGAAGUAUUAAAUCACUUCUGGAUGAAUUAUCUAAAUCUGGUGCUGAAAGCAAGGUUUUUCGAGCUCUGAGGGCUGAGUAUCUUAAUGAAUACAGUGAAUUUCUGAUGAUUCUUGAUAACAUAUGGGAUAAAUGUGUAUGUUGGCAAACUAUGAUGACAUCAUCUUGGGACAAUCUUGAUGAUCAUUUAAAGACGCAGUUAACACUCUCUAACAGGAAUGAAACAAACGUGAUGACAGCAUUACAAACUAUGCAAUCUCUUGGCAUACUUCAUGAAAAGUUAGUUAAAUUUGGAAAAAGGUUUAUACAGUUUAUUAUUAAGCCUAUUGUGAUUUUUACAAGGCUUAAACCUGUUCAGCAUCGUAAGGGAGAGAUAUUUCUAUUCACGUUCAUUAAAGAAGCAUCUAAGACCUCAAAUAUUGGCAUAAAAACAUUACUGGAUAGAAUUAUGCAAUCAUUCCAAAAUUUAAAUAUCGCAUUUAUGAACCAAAAUAUUCCUGUUGCAAAUGAUGGAAAGGAAGAAAAAUGUCUCGCAUCAACGUUAGGUGAGAUUAUCUGGCCAUCACUAUCAGACAUCAUCAUCAAAGAUUUAUUGGAGAAAUACAUACCAAAUACAAGCAGUCAUAUUGAAAAAUAUGAUGAUAUCUUAUCGAGUGUUGAAAAAUUUGAAAAAACUCUUGUUGAAUCAGACUACCUUCCUGAUGGAACCAAGACGCUUUCUUCGUUCUGUAGAAAUCUAACUACGCAAUAUGCGAAUAAAAAGUGCCAAGAUCUGUUAUUCACUGCUCGUGAAAUUUUAAAGUAUGACGUCACCUUUCACAAUACAAAGUUGAUUUCUGUUCCUGACACAUAUCAACCAAUAACACCGCUUCAUGUGCGGUGUGGGAAAGCGAGUGAUUACGAUGAUCAAAAGGGAGUUAAGCCUACAGCACAGACAACGAAUGAAGAAGAAGCAACAAGCGAAAAUCUGUUUCAUUUUCCAGUUUGUCGAGUUAGUGAGUGUAUUCCCGAGUUUCUAAACCUUGUAUAUAAAACAUUGAGUGAAGCAACAAAAACCAACAAAAAAGGGGAUGUGAAGUUAUUCUAUACUGCAAGGAAAAUGUUUGAAAUUUAUCAAGUUGUUGUACCUACCUAUUACGAGGAAGAUUUGCGUGACCUCCCGCAGAUCUCUGCCGUGCACUACAACAACUGUAUGUAUAUAAGUCAUCAUUUACUUACGUUGGGUCAUCAGUUUUCUACGAGAUUGCCCGAGCCAUUGAAUUGUGGUGCUGCCACUUUUGUUGAUUUGAUUUCUCCUAUAAGAGGUAUUGGAGAGAAAUGCUUUGAAGAUCAGUUGCGAAGACAGUCUCAUGUUCUAUUGGACAUAAUGGAAUCUGGUGGAGGAUUUGUUGAUCUAAGUGCUACGUUGAUGGAGAAAUCCAUUAAACAGGUUUGUUAUCAACUGCUGAAACUGAAUCGCGUAUGGAAAGAUAUUUUACCCAGUAACAUAUUCACAUCAUCGUUAGGAACUUUACUUAAUAUUGUGUUAAACAGAUUCGUUGAUGAUAUCCUUAAAUUAGAGGAUAUAUCGAGUGAUGACUCGCAUAGCUUUGAGUAUUUAAUGGCGAUUUUCGAGGACAAAAGCCCUGAAGCACUUCAACUAUCAGCGCAGGAAAUGGCCUCUACUGUUCAAACUUGGACAAAAUUUAUUGAACUUCGUGCUAUCAUCGACUCAAGCCUACAAAAUAUCGAAAACAGAUGGAAGGAUGGAAAGGGACCGUUAGCUAAAGAAUUUAGUUGUAAUGAAAUCAGGAGCCUUAUAAGGGCUUUAUUCCAGAACACAGAUCGACGCGCAUGCUUACUGAAUAAGAUAAGACCAUUAACAACUUGAUGAUCGUUAAAUGUCAUUGGAAUUUGCUUCUACAAAGAGCGUAAUUAGCACCCUGCAUGGAAUCCAUAGGGGUUUGGGGGUGGUUCUACUAUACAUAGUCACCUAAACUUUUGAUUUGUCACUGAUUACCUAUUUUAACGAGAGGUGUGGGAAUAAAUACGUAUUUAUUUAUCUGCAUAA